CUUUCUUUCCCUCUCAGUGUAGGUCAUCCAUUCCCUCACAACCACUCUCCCACUAAUUUUUUCCCCCCCCUUUAUUCUCUUCAUUCCCAUUUCCUUUCUGUUUCCUCCAAACACCACCAUGGCCAAAUCCUCAAUCCAACUUCUCAUUUCCACCCUCUUUUUGGCCUCCAUAGUUUUCAUGAAUUUCCCUAGGGCAACACUCUCCGAUGAACCGUGCCAGUACCCGUGCUAUCCGCCGCCGACAAGCACCGGCGCCACGCCCACCACUCCGUCGACACCAACGCCGCCAUCGGUUGUCUCGUACCCGCCCCCUACCGGAGUCUACCCUACCCCGCCGAGUACUGGUGUCUAUCCGUACUACAACCCUCCACCUAAUGAUAGAUACUACGGUGCUCAGCCACCACCGGAUCCUAUCCUUCCCUACUUCCCCUUCUACUACAAGGAGCCACUUCAUAGAUCGCCGGAUGAUCAGUCGUCUUCCUUCUCAUCAAGGCCAUCACUUGGAAGAUUAGCUCUCUUGAUAUUAUUGUUUAUUUUUCUGCUUUAUUUUCCAUCUUUUUCCUAAGCUUAAAUUAGUGAUAUGUUGUUAAUUUAAGCUAGUAGCUUGUGUAUUUCGAAAUGUUUCAAGGAAAUUUUAUUAGGAUCAUGAUUCAGUGCAUUAUA